AAAUGCAAAAAAAAAGUGACGGAUCACUUUUCACGUUUGGAAUACUUUGGAAUACUUUCCGGCAUAGAGGAACUAAUUCAUUUUGUGGACAUAUUUUCUUCACUGGAUUAUAUUCUCUCUGGACCUGUACGGACCAAAUGAGACCAACUUUCUGGGGAUAUGUGGAUGUUUGACAGAAUGAGAGCCCUCAAAAGUUUGAAAUGUGUUUGCAUGUUGAGCAACACCACAGCCAUCGCUGAGGCCUGGGCUCGACUGGACCACAAGUUUGACCUGAUGUACGCCAAGAGGGCCUUCGUGCACUGGUACGUGGGCGAGGGCAUGGAGGAGGGAGAGUUCUCCGAGGCCAGAGAGGACAUGGCUGCUCUGGAGAAGGAUUAUGAAGAGUUCUCCGAGGCCAGAGAGGACAUGGCUGCUCUGGAGAAGGAUUAUGAAGAGGUAUUAAAUCCUCUCCUGAAUGUCAAACCCCCGUGUGCAGCUCAUUUCACCCACAUAACACAACGCAGAUAAUCGGACGGUUCAAGCACCCCGGUUACAUGCGCAAUGGUGUCCCUCUCCGGCUCCAGUGUAACGCAUGCGCACUCCCCUCUCCUCCUGCA